GUCACAACGCAUGCGCAGAGACUCACUCACCUUAAACGGAACUUGCUCCGCGCUAACUGUGCCUCCGUGUGCGAGAACACAAGAGGUCACCCAACGAUGUUGAGUAAAGUAGUUGGUCAGAGAUAUGUCUCCAUGGCUAAGUCGUGGAUUCCCACACUGGCUGUAUGGGGCACAGUGGGCGGCGUAGCUGUGGUCCACUUCACAGACUGGCGAGUCGUUUUGGACUACGUUCCCUACAUCAACGGCAAGUUCAAAAAGGACGAAUAGUGGCAAUCAGGGGACGAGCUGGAAGGAAAAGAAGAGGAGUUUCUGGAUGGAUUUUCCGCAAAUCUUAAACAAGGACUGCUGUAGCUACGAUUUUGCAUUGCAUUGCAUUAAACGGCCUGCCAUCACAGCCUGCACUCUUCAUCCUGCUGCUCUAAAAACGACCGCCACCACCACCAUCAUCGUCGUCUGUAGUAAUGCACUUGGGUCCAGCAGUUCCACUUCAACUUGGAAAACAUCAGUGGGAAGAAUAUGAACUUUUUUUUCCCCUCCCCUUACUCUGUUUCACUACAGCUAUUUAUUUUGAUGUCCGCAUAUGUUGAGGUGCCCCUCAAGCCAAAGUGUUUUUGAAGAAAGAGGAGCAAAUAAAAAGGAUGUUGGAUAUCAUUUGUGCACUUGAAAUGAUUCACUUAC